CAAACUUUUCACUUUUCUAUUCCUCCUAUUUGUUUGGCUGCAAAGAGUUUGCUAUCUAUCUUUUUUCUUUGCACUUUCAUUGCUAAUAUUUCAGCAUUUCACUAUCUGAUUCCCAUCCUCUACAACAGGAAAAGUAAAAUGGAUCGGAUCUCCUUUCUGAAAGCUGCAGCGCCAUUCAUGGUGAUGAUAAUAGUAGAGUGUGUUGAAGUGGGUUUAUCUACACUAAGUAAAGCAGCCAUGUUAAAAGGGAUGAGCAACUUCGUUUUCAUCGUUUAUUACAAUGCUCUCGGUACCCUUAUUCUUUUACCUAUUUUCUUCUACAACAAUUUCAGAGGAAAAGGAGUUCGGAUCACUUUUUCACUCCUUUAUAAAUUUUUUCUCCUUGGAUUAAUUGGGAUUUGUUUGUUGCAGAUAUGUGCAUAUACUGGAAUCAACUAUAGUUCUCCAACUCUAGCAGCAGCUAUUGGGAAUCUUAUUCCAGUUUUCACAUUUAUUCUAGCUGUCACUUUGAGGAUGGAGAGACUCGAUUUAAGGAACCCCAGCAGCCAAGCAAAAUGCCUAGGCACCAUCGUAGCAAUAUCAGGAGCAAUGGUGGUGACUCUGUACAAAGGCCCGUCAUUGAUAACUCAAACACCUUCUGAUGCUUCUAAUAAGCUUCUUUCCGCGCCCUCAAAUUGGACUCUUGGUGGACUUCUUUUGGCAAUUACUUCCCUUCUGUCGUCAAUAGGCAACAUUCUUCAGGCAGCUACUGCAAAGGAAUGUCCUGAUGAAGUGACUCUGGUCUUCUUCUACAGCUUAUUUGGGACGGUUCUAUCUGCGGUAUUUUCCAUCUUUCUGGAGAGUGACCCAAAUGCGUGGAUGUUGCAUCAUAGAAUUGAGAUCAUUGCUAUCAUAUAUGCGGCAGUGUCAACCACUGUUUUCCGCAAUACUGUAAUUACAUGGUGCCUACGUGAAAAGGGGCCUGUCUACGUAGUUACAUACAAGCCCUUGGCAAUUGUCAUUGCAAUGAUCAUGGGGUUGACGUUUCUAGGGGAUAACCUUUAUCUUGGAAGUGUGAUUGGAUCAGCUGCCAUCACGGCUGGAUUUUACUCGGUCAUCUGGGGACAAGCUAGAGAAAAGGAUGAUCUGGCUGCAAAAAGUGUCAGUAAGUUUGAGUCCACUUAUGAUCAAAAUGCUCCUCUGUUGAAAAGCACUGAUGACAGCAUUUGUGGAAGAGCUUAAUACAAUUGUAACUGGGUCAUUAUAGUCAACAGCUUUUAUGACCAUUGCCUCACGCCUUCCAUCCUGUUCUUGAACUGCUCCAAAUACGAUCUCACUCUUAUCAGACCCCUUCUCACAAGAAGUCUUUGGAUUAGAUGCACUCUUCCUUGGCUGCUGCUUCUGCUUCUGUUGCUGUGGCGGCUGCUGCUGCUGCAGCUGUUGUUCCUGCUGCACCUCCUGUUGUUGAUUCUUCCCUUGAUUCUGAUGAAACUCAACAUCCCGCCCCUCAUAAUAAGCCUGGUUUUGUCUCAGUUGAGGUUGGGGAUAUGCUUUUCUCAUGAUAGCUGUCCGAGCUUCUAAUCCCGGGGGCCCAUCUUCAUCUCUCAUGGCAUAACUAUUUUGCAUAGACCAAGGAUCUUGGUGCCUGUUUAGGUGCUGGAAAUGUCUCUGUUCUGGAUGUCGUGGUUUCUUCUUUCUGAAUCCCGAAAAUAGAAACCCAGCAAAGACUUCAGCCACUGAGGAACUGGCAUUGAUUAUGAGUCUGCCAAAUGAGAAAAAUAAUCCUUCGUCGUCUUCCUCAAAUUCAUCAUCUGCUGGUGGAAUUAAUGGAGGCCUGACUGAUAUUGGAGGUCUCUGAUAUGGUACCGUGAUUGCUUGAUUAUUCAUCUGCAUUCUUGGAUCCUGGAGGACAAGAAAAAGUCCACAAAAAAAUAAGUUGGUAAGAGUUGAUUAGUCAUGGGAGGUGAUUGACUACUGUAAUGUUUCAAGGUUUUACUCUCUUAGGAGAAAAUAAGGCCUGCACUCUCUGCUUGACCAAUGCUAACAUGUAUCCAGAGAACGCAGUUGCAAUAAGUACUGCCACACCUGUAGUGAUGAGAAAAUAAAACAUGAAUGUUUGGUUUUAUAGUUAAAGAUA